UUUAAGGUUCGACAAAUAAAAUGGCGGUUGUUAGAGCCAAAAUUAUGUAUAACGAAUUACACACACUAAAUGAUUAUAUAAAUUGACAAAUGCUAUCUUGGAAAGUGCUUUCAUAUUUAAUUAAUUAAAGUUACAAAGAAAAUUUAAACAUCAUAGUGUAUUUACUUUAUAAUUAAGUGGCGCACCUCUUAUCAACACAAUAACAACGCGGUUAUAGUGCAAUGAAAACAAUAUUUUGGUUAUUUUAGUGCUGCCAUUGGUUUUAUAGUUUGAUUUGAUGAAUAAUAGAAUUUGCAGUAAGAAAUAAAUAAAUUAAAUUGUACUGUGCAGCCUGUUUGGUGAAGCUAAGUAUGAGAUGGAAAGAAUAAAUAAAAACAUUUAAAAAUGGGUGAAACAGAAGAAUUUAACCCUCUUGUGUUCGAGAAGAAGUUGUCACAACUUAAAGACACACAGGAAAGUAUUCAAUCUCUAUCUUCCUGGUGUUUAAAACAAAGAAAUCACCAUAAGAAAAUCGUUUCUAGUUGGUUAAAUGUAUUAAAACGAGUAAAGGUUGAACAGAGACUAGUUUUGUUUUAUCUAGCUAAUGAUGUUAUUCAAUAUAGUAAGAGGAAAAACUAUGAAUUUGUUGAAAGUUGGGGCCUUAAUUUACAAAAAGCAACACCACUAGUAAGGGAUGAAAAGGUCCGUACAAAAAUAUUACGGAUAUUCAAAAUAUGGGAGCAAAGGUCUGUGUACGAUGAAGAGUUCUUGUCAGAUUUGACUGGGUUAUUGAUAGCUGGUGCUGUUAAAAAGACUGAUGAUGAUUUAGAUUUUCAGCCACAGCAGUUAAUUAACAAGAUAAAGCAGUGUGUAGUCCUUGAAGCAGACACAGAUUUACGGUUGCAACAAAUCCAUGAGUGUUCACUUGAUCUCUCUGAUGCUGAUACACUGUGUAUCAAUUUGAAAGAAAGGAGCAAUAAAGAUGAUGUUAGUAAAGAGAUCAAUGAAGGUAUAGGUUGCAUAGAGAGAUAUACACAGGCCUUACAGCGAGAGAUUGUUGCUAGAGAAGCAUUGCAUGCACUGCUCAGCUCUGCCAAUCAAUAUUAUGCCACACAGAGGGGAGAAGUUAAAGUUGUUGCUUAUGCAUAUAAAAAUUUUGGCGCCAGAGUGCGUGCACUCAAACGUAAGCUCGACGAUUUAAUACCAACAUUGCCGAGCGCCACGCCCUCACCUCCGGCUCGGGAUGAAGAUGUUCCAUCACCAGGACCUGAUGAGGAUUUGGAUCUACCACCGCAGGAGCAGGAGGAUGAGGGCAAUGAAAAUGGUUCAUACAACAUUGACCAAACAUUCAAUUCUACUGUAUCUGCGGAUGGCUCAUUGUACAACCUGGGACUUUCUUCAUUUCUUACUUCGGAUAAUCCACUCACUAUGUUUAAUGAUGCGGAAAUUGAUCUGAGUAGUGCAAACAAAAUAGAAGUGAUAAAUACACGACCUGGAGAGAAGCAGGAUUUCAGUAUAAAUGACUUUCUGAAGACACUUACUCCGGUGGAUACCAUCACCAUAUCACCAGACACUUCAGUGAGCAGUGCAAAAAUAUCCGCGAACUCCCAAGACGCAUUACCUGGCUUGGACCUGCUAACACCAGAAGGCUCAGGAAAUCCGCCGCCCCCCUCUUUCUACGGUUCCAUUGACGCCGUUAUCAAUAUCAGUGAUGAACCGGAGCAUCAUUAUUUACCGGAAGCGAUUGUAAGCAGUCAAUGGACGACAAAUAAUUGGUCGGUCCCUCCUGUCUCGAGCUCUGCGCCGCUCAACGUGUUCGCGGAGCCGCCUGCGUCGCCUCCGCCGUCUGUCAUGGCGCCCACGAUCAAGGAACACGUGGCGGUGGACGUUGACCACAGGGCGGCCCUACCGCCGCCACCGCCGCCUCCAGCCUUACCAAUGCUGACACAAUUGGAAGACGUCGACCAACGUUUGUUGCCGCCGCCGGCAAUCUCUCCGGUGGUGCCGCACAGAGUGUCGUCGCAUCAAGAUGUGGAUCACAGGAAUCUCAUAUCGCUAACUCACGAGAUGCCGGCCAGGACGCACAUCCAAGCCAAUCUCGACCAGGACUACCGAGUACCGCCGUUGUUGCAGCCUACUGAUAUUGUGGAGAGCGUCGACAUGGACCUAUCUGAAGAUGAGGACCAACAUGGUAUGUACCCGAACAAGCAGAAUCAAGUCGAGCAUCGUCGUAACAGUUUCAACAAUAACAAGGUGCUAGUCGGCGGGGGUGAAAAGGUCCGAAACAAUAGCGGGAAUUUUGUACAUACCAAUAAUACGCAGACAGAGACAAAAGACGCAAUUAUACCCCCACUGUCGAAUCCAUUUGAUAAAAUGCCUUCAAAUUUGAAAUUCAAUAUGCCUCUACCAUUCAAUAAUGAGAAUAAAACCCCGUUGUUGCAUCCACCUCCUCCUAAUUUACCCCCAAACCAUAAUUUGAAUACUAAUUUGCCUCCAACCCAGGGUCAUCCCAGUGUACCCUUGAAUCAAAAUAUGCCUCCUAAUUUACCCCUUAAUCAGAAUUUGCUUACAAAGCUACCGCUGAAUUCCAAUUUGCAUCCCAAUUUACCCCCAAAUCACAACUUGCACUCUAAUUUACCGGCAAAUCAGAACUUGCAUCCGAACUUACCCCCACAUCAGAAUUUACACCCAAAUGUAUCCCAAAACAUGACCAAUUUCCUUCCGAACAAUCAAAAUACUCCAAUUCGGCAUAUGUUUAACUCCAACUAUAUGGAUAAGCGUGAAGAAAAUUCAAACGACAGCACAUUUGAAGAUAAUAUGAGGACUAGAAGUGUGGACUAUGAUGUUGAUCAUAAUGAAAGUGAUUGGAAUCAAUCGGGGCCCAGACAUUUACCCCGCUAUCCUAGAAACUGGACUCCACGAACUAAUUAUAGACCUAAUGUGAGUCCCCAGUUUUGGCCUCGAAACGGCCCUAGAACUCCAAAUAGAUGGAUGGGCCCACCUCAAAGAUUUUGGUGAAGUGUAAUAAGUGUAAUAUGUGAGUUUGUAUAGAAGUUGUGUAAAAAACCUAUUUCAUAGAGUUAUAAAUUGUAUAAUUAAAAGUAAUAUAGUCAUGUGAGUUGUUUUUGACUGUUUAGGCAGGUUUAUAUGAUUGUUUUGUUAAUUUCGACUUUAGGUAUCUAGAAAUAUAGUUUAUUUUACAUUAUGUAUGGAAAUCCUUAUUUCUGUGGAGUAAAUUGCAAUUAUGAACCUAUUUACUUUGUUUAUGCAAGGCUUUAUUUUAAAAUGUCGAAAUGCAAUAUUAUAUACAGGUUGUUAAAAUAUGUCUUAACAUGUGACGUUACAGUAUUGUGGCAUAAUUCACUUAAUAAAGGCACAGUAUUCUGUAAUUCAGCAUAUUUUUUUUAGUUGCAAAAGGUAUUAGUUGAAGAUAUUUUAUUUUUCAAUGCUUUUAUGUAAUUUGUUUUAUUCAUUAAAAUGUAUUGGUUUCAUUUAGAAUUA